AUGGGGGUUGAGAAAUUGACAAAGAAACAGCUUAAGGCGAAGCAGUUCAGGAAUCAGAAGCCGAAACCAGAGGACACUGCUGUGGCAACUGGUCCCGUUGAGAGUAGUAGUAGUAGUACAGAACCACCGAAAAAGAAGCGGAAGACGAGGAGAGGGAAGAAGGGCAAAGGUAACGGCGGUGUACGUGGUGGUAACAGGUUUCUAGUCUUUGUGGGGCAGUUGCCCGCGGACGUGACCGCUGACGAGUUAAAGGCACACUUCAAGAACAGUGCACCUGACCAUAUCCGUGUACGUAACGACAAGAAGAUUGCGUUUCUUGAGUUCGAUGGGGAUAAAGACCCACAGAAUAUACAGAAACGUAUGGACAUUGCCCUGCUGCAACACCAGACGAGCAUACGGGACGGCUUCAAGAUCAACGUGGAGCUUACUGUAGGCGGUGGUGGGAACUCUCAGGACAGACUUGAGAAGUUGCGCACCAAGAACGAGAAGAUGGCUGCUGAAAGAUCGGACCGGAUGACCAAACUGAUCUUGAAGAACAGCAGCAAGGGUGACGGCCGCGCCCCCACGGGGCCAGCCGACACCAAGGACAGCACCAAGGGCAGCAGCUCUACACUACCGCACGGCAUCCACCCUGACAGAGCCAAACUACUGCAAUGA